UUUACUCCAAGCACUUAUGACCGUUUCCAAUGGCUCACGCGGCUUAUUCCUUCUGCUCCAGAGCUCUCAAACUCUCGGUCAAACUGGGCUUCUUUCGCUCGGGAAAGCACCUACACGGGCAUGUCGUAAAGAUGGGUUUGUAUAACGUACAGUCGUUACAAAUCCAAAUUCUCAAUUUAUGCGUCAAGAGCAAGGACUUUAAUCAUGCACAGAAGCUGUUUGCUGAUAUGCACGUGAGAAAUGUGGUGGCUUGGAAUGUGUUGAUUACUGGGUUUGUCAACUGUAGCAGUAUCCAUGAGUCGAGUUUGUAUCUGGGUUUUUGUUAUUUUCGGAGAAUGUUGCUGGAUGGAGCUGGUCCGGAUGAGAUAACGUUGAAUGGUUUGUUCCGUGGCUGCGUAGAGUCGAAGGAUGCAGAGAUUGGUAGACAGUUGCAUUGUUUUGUGGUGAAGUUGGGAUUUGGUUCGAGUUGCUUUGUGGGUAGUGGAGUUGUUGGUUUGUAUGCCAAGUUUGGUUUAGUUGAAGAUGCAAGGUGUGCUUUUGAUUCUGUGUUGGACAAGGAUCAGGUUUUGUGGAAUGUGACGGUGAAUUCCUAUGCUUCGAAUUCGUUGGAAGAAGGGGCAUUUGGGGUCUUCAAUAUGAUGAGGUUGGAAGGUGUAGAUGGGGAUGAGUUUACAUUUAGCAGUUUACUCAAUGCAUGUAGUACUUGGGGGUCUUGUAAAUCAGGAGAGCAGAUUCAUGGUAUUGUCAUUAGACGGUCGUUUAAUUUUGAUGUUCAGGUUUCCAGCGCACUUGUUGACAUGUAUGCAAAGAAUGGUAACAUAGGUGAUGCUCGGAAGGCUUUUGAUGCAAUGUCCAUCAAGAGUGUCGUGUCUUGGAACACUAUAAUUGUGGGAUAUGGACAGUGUGGAAAAGGGAUUGAAGCUAUAAAACUUAUGAGGGAAAUGUUUCGAGAACAUUUUUUCCCUGAUGAUUUUACUCUGGCAAGCAUUGUUAGCUCAUGUGGCAAUGUACCAUCUGUUGAUGAACUUCUGCAAGUUCAUGCUUACACGGUUAAAUUGGGGUUUCAUUCAUUUUCAUCAAUUGCUAAUGCUCUUAUAAAUUCGUACUCCAAAUGCGGUCGUAUAGCUUCUGCAUCUAAAUGUUUCAACACUAUUACUGAGCCUGAUCUAGUUACAUGGACUUCAGUUAUAUGUGCUUAUGCAUUCCAUGGUCUUGCCAAAGAAGCUACUCAGAUUUUUGACAGAAUGUUAACUUCUGGCAUAAGACCCGAUGGAAUUGCCUUUCUUGGGGUUCUUUCUGCAUGUAGUCAUGGAGGGUUAGUAAAGAAAGGCCUUCAUUACUUUAAAUUAAUGGCUGAUGACUACCAAGUUUUUCCAGAUUCUGAGCAUUAUACCUGUCUCAUUGACCUUCUUGGGCGAGCUGGUCUUUUGGAUGAGGCUUUUGUUGUUUUUACCUCGAUGCCAAUCAAAGCUGAUACAAGUACAUUCGGAGCAUUUAUAGGGGCGUGUAAAGCCAACGGAAAUGUAGAAUUAGCAAAAUGGCCUGCACAAAAGCUUUCUACCUUAGAACCAAACAAACCUGUGAAUUAUUGUCUCAUGUCUAACAUCUAUUCUACUGAAGGUCAUUGGGCUGAUGCUGCAAGGGUACGCAAAAAAAUGAGGUACAGUUGUGAUCAGAAAGUUCCAGGAUGUAGCUGGCUGGAGGUUGGCGGUGACAUUCAUACGUUUGUAGGUGAUGAGUUCCACCCACAGGCAUUGCAGGUGUGUGGUAUAUAUGCUAGGGAUGUUGCUCAGUGUGAUAAGGGAUAAGAACUUUAAACCGGAUCACUGUUCAAGUUAGCUAGAUAAAAAUCUGAUGAAUCCGCUUGAGGGAGUUGAGGCGUGCCCGAUUGAUUCGGAGCUCUGCUUUGUAAAUGAGCACUCUAAUUUAUCGGUGAUUCCCUUGUGAGAUAUAUUUUCAAGAUCCUGAGUAUGAGGCCAAUACGAAAAAUGAAGUUCCGGCAACUCCAGCCUAUUCCAUUGCCAAACAUGUAAAUCUAAUGAGAGGCUGAUGGUAACUAUUAUCACCAAGCUAAUCACUCAUCAUUUUAUGAACUGUCUUUCUCACGAAAGAGAUGUUAGAUUGAGAAUUUGGAAGGGUUCCUUCAAUUUCUGGCAAUAUCCAACCAACUGCAGAAUCCUGUCAACUUCCAGAGCCACUUGUAGUUUACAAUCACUGAUUAGUAUUCUGACAAAUUCCUCUCUAAGAUAUAGUUGAUUAACUUGUAAUCAA